UGCGCGGUGGGCGUGAUCCGGGCACUCAGGGCAGGAUGAACGCUGCUUUCCAAGAUGGCGACGGAGGGAGGAGGGAAGGAGAUGAACGAGAUUAAGACCCAAUUCACCACCCGGGAAGGUCUGUACAAGCUGCUGCCGCACUCGGAGUACAGCCGGCCCAACCGGGUGCCCUUCAACUCGCAGGGAUCCAACCCUGUCCGCGUCUCCUUCGUAAACCUCAACGACCAGUCUGGCAACGGCGACCGCCUCUGCUUCAAUGUGGGCCGGGAGCUCUACUUCUAUAUCUACAAGGGGGUCCGCAAGGCUGCGGACUUGAGUAAACCGAUAGAUAAGAGGAUAUACAAAGGAACACAGCCCACUUGUCAUGACUUCAACCACCUCACAGCCACAGCAGAGAGUGUCUCCCUCCUAGUGGGCUUUUCCGCAGGCCAAGUCCAGCUCAUAGACCCCAUCAAAAAAGAAACUAGCAAACUAUUUAAUGAGGAAAGCUCUUGUCAGCACUUGUGGAAGGUGGAGUGGAACGAAGACAGAGAGAAUGAAGGUAGCACGACCAGUGAGGAGGCUCUAGUAACUGUCCAGAGACUAAUAGACAAGUCACGAGUGACCUGUGUCAAAUGGGUUCCCGGCUCGGAAAGCCUUUUCCUAGUAGCCCAUGCAAGUGGGAACAUGUACCUGUAUAAUGUGGAGCACACUUGUGGCACCACAGCCCCCCACUACCAGCUCCUGAAGCAGGGCGAGAGCUUCGCCGUGCACACUUGCAAGAGCAAAUCCACGAGGAACCCUCUCCUCAAGUGGACGGUGGGCGAGGGGGCCCUCAACGAGUUUGCUUUCUCCCCAGAUGGCAAGUUCUUGGCGUGCGUGAGCCAGGACGGGUUUCUGCGUGUGUUCAACUUUGACUCUGUGGAGCUGCACGGCACGAUGAAAAGCUACUUUGGAGGCUUGCUGUGCGUGUGCUGGAGCCCGGACGGCAAGUACCUCGUGACGGGGGGCGAGGACGACCUGGUCACGGUCUGGUCUUUCGUGGACAGCCGCGUCAUAGCGCGAGGCCACGGGCACAAGUCCUGGGUCAGCGUGGUGGCCUUCGACCCCUACACCACGAGCGUAGAGGAAGGCGACCCCAUGGAGUUCAGCGGCAGUGACGAGGACUUCCAGGACCUGCUCCACUUCGGCAGAGACCGGGCCAACAGCACGCAGUCCCGGCUGUCCAAACGGAACUCCACGGAGAGCCGCCCCGUCAGCGUCACGUACCGGUUCGGCUCCGUGGGCCAGGACACGCAGCUCUGCCUGUGGGACCUCACGGAGGACAUCCUGUUCCCUCACCAGCCCCUCUCCAGGGCGCGGACCCACACCAACGUCAUGAACGCCACCGGCCCCCCGGCCGGGAGCACCGGGAACAGCGUCACGACGCCCGGCAGCUCGGCACCCCCCCCUCUGCCGAGGUCCAACAGCCUCCCACAUUCCACCGUCUCCAGCGCCGGCAGCAAGAGCAGCGUCGCCGACGGGGCCAUCGCCUCGGGGGUCAGCAAGUUCGCCACGCUCUCCCUGCACGACCGGAAGGACCGGCACCACGAGAAAGACCACAAGCGGAACCACAGCAUGGGACACAUCUCCAGCAAGAGCAGCGACAGACUGAACCUGGCCCCCAAAGCCCGGACGGACCCGGCCAAGACCCUGGGGACAGCCCUGUGUCCCCGGAUGGAGGACGUGCCCUUGCUGGAGCCGCUCGUCUGCAAGAAGAUAGCGCACGAGCGCCUGACCGUGCUGAUUUUCCUCGAGGACUGCGUGGUCACCGCCUGCCAGGAGGGCUUUGUUUGCACAUGGGGGCGGCCGGGGAAGGGGGUGAGUUUGAACCCUUGACGCUGCCCCGGACGGGACUCGGUGGGUAGCGACUCUUUCCUGCGGGCGGGGUGGGUGUACAAUGGAUGAAUGACACUUCUUCUUAAUGUAAAUCUAAAUGCAUCAGAGCCAUAAUUUUGGAUACUGCAUGCCAUGUAAUUCUGAAUCAUUUGAUAAUUCACCUUAGGACGUUUAAAAAAGUAUAAUCAGACUAAUUGCCAGCCGAGUCCGCCGCCCUCCUGGGAGCCACUGGAGCCCGAGGUCAGUGUUCCUGUCGUCGGCUCUCGGGUCGUGGGGGGUCGUGGCCGUGUGGGAGCAGCGGCGCCAGGGGCUGCACUUACAAUCUCUGCUUUCCCCGGAGCACCUCCGCUUACAUCCUCAGUUAGAGCGCCGGCCGCCGGCCGCCCUUUCUAGUCCAGUUUUUUUAUCUUAAUCAUAAAGCGUUUAGGGAUCUAUGAAAUUUAACUUUAGGAACAAAGCGUUCAGCAGGGUUGGUUGAUAUUAUUUUUACAUUGUUCUGGCAAUCCACAGAAAGAGAAGAGCCUUAAUUUUUAAAACCCAUUUUAGUCAUUUUAUGACAAUUAAAAUUGUUUAAUAAACAUCUUUUUCAAAGAA